GACGCCUUUUCGUGGCGUACACUGCCUUUGCAGUUUCCUAGUGGAUGGGACGCCUUCUCCGGGACUUGCUCGCUAUGACUUGAACUAACCCAAAGAGACUCGCAACAUCGGAUUAGCCUGACCAUCUUGCGACUCUGAUUGAUAUGCCGUGCCGUCUGCCCCCUUUUCCCACUGCUUCUUGGUUUCAUUCAUUCACCCAAACGCAAGAGACAGAACGAGUCCCACAAUAGCUCACGGCCAGGACCCACGAUCAUAACGCAGUCCUACGGGACUACGGGACUACGGGAAUACGGGGACUGCAUCGCACAAAACACAUCAGUCCGGCACGCGGAACCCCCUGUCGGACGAGCCUCGCGGACCCGCGCGGCAAUGAUCGCACGGCCCCAAGGCUCCGGCUCCGGCUCGGUCGCAUGACAGAAUCAUAAUGAACAUGGAGAUGGAAUCGGACAUCAUUGAGGACGGAGGGGCGCCGGGGAUUCCUCCCCAUGGAAAGGCCGUUAUCGCGUGCGCGACCAUUUCGGCCGGACUUGCUGGUCUCAUCGUCGGCUUGCGGUUCUUUGCACGACUGUACCCUGCACGACUGUUGGGGAAGGAGGACUGGUGUAUAUUUGUCGCAUGGCUUUUCUCUGCUGCGACCUCUACUGGCAUGUGCCUUCAGGUCAAGACUGGCAUGGCUGAGGAAUUCUCAACCCUCAGCGUCUAUCAACAGCAAACCUUCUUCAAGUGGGCAUACCUAACUAUAAUAUUCUAUAAUACUGGCCUUGCCUGCGUCAAGGUUUCGAUCCUCCUUCUCUACCUCCGAAUCCUCCGGGAUCUCAACUACCGAAAGGCAUGCUACGUGGUCCUAUUCAUCGUUGUCUGCGUGUCGCUCUGGACGGUAUUAUCCUCGAUAUUCUUCUGCGUCCCCAUCACCAAAAAUUGGGACCGCGCCGUCACGGGCGUAUGCUUCAGCCAGGGAGUCGCCUGGUUCGUCAAUGCCGCCCUCAACAUCCUUACCGACUUCAUGAUCCUUAUCCUUCCAUUACCGAUCUUGCCCAAGAUUAAGCAGUCUCGUCGGCAAAAGAUUGGGCUAUACCUCAUCUUUGCGCUCGGUUUCUUCAUCUGCGUCGUCUCCAUUCUCCGAAUACCCUCCCUCAUCGUCGCGAAGUACUCACGCGACCCAACACUAGACAGCCCAGGCAUUGCGAAGUGGUCCGUCGUGGAACUCAACACAGCCAUCGUCUGCGCCAGCCUCAUCACCCUCAAACCUCUCGUCAUGCGAUUUUGCCCGCGCAUGCUGGCUCCCAACCGUGGCGACGUCGGCCGACAGCGCGGUCCUGGGUCCGAAGAGAUACCCGCGACCGUCGGGUCCAAAGAAGCGCGAAACGGGGGAGGAGCAAAGCACGGCCACGCGCGGGCGGUGUCCGACGGUAGUACCAUUCAUCUGAAUCAUGAUACUUUUGGCGGGGAUUCCGCGAUGCAUACGCAGCAUACGCAGAGCUCGCGACUUAGUUCUUCGGGGACGUCGGAUCUGGAGCAGGGGAUGAAGGGGUCGGCUGUCGAAAUGGAAGGAGAUUUGGCGAUACGGACGGAUAAAGCAUGAUGAUUGAACAUACCGUUGUAACUUGAUACCACUUUAUUUUACGCUUUUGUAUUUUAAGAAUCAAGUCAUAACCAUAUCUGUCCGA